ACAUAAGUUAUUAGUCGUCUUGAAAACCUCAAACGUUACUGAGGUGCUUAGAAAACUUCAUCACUUAUUUGUAAAUUAGUCAUUUUUGUAUACAGUGAGAAGUUAAGAAUUAAGCAAAAAUAGUGAAAAAAAACGGAAAACGCCAACAUUUUAAAUAUUUUAUAUGUAAAAAAACGAAUUAUUUCCCUUUUUAAAUCAAGAAAUUUCAAGUCGACCAACAGUAUUUUUUAAAAGUGAUUUUAAGUGAUUCAAUUUUUAUUCAACUAAAUUAUCUUUUUUUAAAUUCGAAUCAGUAACAAAAUUAACAGAAAGAAACAAAUUCACCGAUAGAAACACUCGAAACAAAUUUUUACCAAAGAAAAAUAUAUUCAUUUUAUUCAAAUUUUUAUUUAUUUUAUUUAAAACAAAAAAUUUAUAUGUUUAUUAUAAGUGAUAUUUAAAAGUGUAUUGCUGCAAUUUUUCAAUUUGAAAAAUAAAGAUGUCAUCUGAAAUUGAUGAAUUUCUGUCAGGACCUUUAGUCACUUGGUUUAUAAGCUGUCUAAGUGAUGCAAAUCUACUGGUAUCGUAUGAUGAUCUUGUGGACGGAGUUUUACUUCACGAUGUUUUUACCCAAAUAUGUCCCCAACCGUAUCACAAUGAUAUCUUAACUGCAAAUGAAGAAUGGUCCAUGAGAUUGAGAAAUUUGGAGAGUAUUUUAGAAAAUCUCAAACAAUAUUAUGAAGAAAAUUUAGGACAAAUUUUAGUAAAAUUACCAAAUGUUUUCGAUUUGGCCAAAAAACCAGAAUCACACGUGGAAGAAAUGAAACAUUUACUGCUUUUAAUUUUGGGCUGCGCAAUUCAGUGCCAAAUGAAAGAAACUUUUAUUCACAAAAUUAAAACUCUCGAUGUCACGAUUCAAGAGCAAAUUGUCCAUCUUAUUAAAUUGGUUACCGAGGAUCAGAGUAUUGUGAUUAAUCAAGAAUUAUUACUGAAUCUUAAUGCAUCUGAUUUAUUUCCCCAGAUGAAAAAUUUAAUCGAAGAGAGAAAUUUAUAUCGCGAGAAAUUAAAGAAAUUCGAACUUAGAGAACCUGAUAUAUGCAAUAAUUCAAUGAUUCUUUCGAGAAGUGAUUAUUUUAGUAAAUCUGUAUUAAAUUCGACUGGCUAUUUUGAAAGUGAGGAGGAUCAGUCUUGUUAUGAGGUGGCAAAUUUAAAAUCUAAAGUCAGAAAACUACGAAACGAAUUGGAAGAGAAAUGUGAAUAUCUAAUGGAAUGCAAAGGAGAAGUUGAGCACAAUACAAUUCUAAUUGCAAAACUUUAUGAAGAGAAUGAAAAAUUGAUGCUGCAAGCGCGAACUGCCAAAUCUUAUCGAGAUGAAUUGGAUGCUGCGAUUGAAAAGGGAGAGAAAGUUGAUCGUCUUGAAAUGGAAGUUGCACGUUAUCGGGAAAAAAUGAAUGAUCUCGAAUUUUACAAAACUACCAUCGAGGAAAUACGCGAGGACAACAAAGUUUUAUUAGAAACAAAAGAGACACUAGAGGACGAAUUAAAAUCACAGCGAAAAUUGAAUGAGAAAAUUCCCAAACUUGAAGCACAAAUUGCCGACUGUAAACAACUUGUUGAAAAAAUAACUGCGGAACGAACGGCUGAGAGAGAAAAAUAUCAACAGCUUCAAGAAGAAAAUAUUCACCUGCAAGUUUUGGCCAAAUCUUCAAAAGAUGUUUCAAUAGUGGAAUCUGGUUUCGAUUCCGAUGAGCCAGGCAUUGGAAAUAAAUCAUUGUCAGAUCAAUUGACAAACAGUGCUCAAAAGCAGGCGCGAAGGCUCGAAUUGGAAAAUCGUCGUCUCUCGUCAAUUGUAAAAUCAAUGAAGGAAGAAAAUUCAUUUCAAAGAAGUCCUCAAAAAUUAAUGGAUCUCGAUAAAGAGCGAAAAGACAUUGAAAUAAAAUUCCAAUCAUUGAGUAAAAAAUAUGAGCGAUUAGUUCAUCAAAAUUCGCAUUUAGAGCAUAAUUAUAAAAUAAUGAAACAAGAGAAUAAGCAACUGCAAAUAUCAUUGAAGAAACAACAAGAUGAACUUGACGAUCAAAUUACACUUGAAUUUCAACACGAUCAAUUGAGUAAAGAUUACGUGAAUCGUCUUCACGAGAGGGAAAUUUUGAAAAAUAAUCUCAAAGAUGUUAACAGUGAAUUAAAAUUACUUCAAGAAUCACACGAUAAACUUCAAUUGGAUUACAGCGAUUUGCAGAGUAAUCGGGAAAAUUACGAUAUGGAAAUGAGAAAUUACAAGAAUCUCAAGAAGGAGCAUAUUAAGUUGAAGGAGGAUUUCCGGAACAUGUUCGUGAAUUCGAAACUACUGAUGGUUCAGCAUAAAAAUCUGGAAGAGAAAAGUAAUGAGGAUUUAAAUAAAUUGAAAAUUAAAGUAAGCGACAUGCAAGAUGCAUUAUCUACCAAAGAACAAAGAUGUUUGAGUUUGGAAUAUAAAAUCAAAAAUUUGAAUCAACGUUGCGAGGAACUAAUGGAAAUGAAUGAUCAUUUAAAUACCGAUCGGCAGAAACUUAUGACUUACACACACGAUCUGACACUUCAAAAUAAAGACUUUCUCGAGCAAACUUUGGAGGAAAAGGAUAAUUUUUAUCAGGAAAAAAAAAAUUACAUAAACACCAUUAAUCAAAUGAAUUGUCACGUGAGAAAAUUGGAGGAAAAAAUAAUGGAAUAUUACAAAAACGCACCACCUUCGACAUGUAAUAAGGGGAAAACUACAAAACCAAAUUUUGUUUCGAAAAUGAUAAAAACCACUUCCGAUUUGUUUAAUAGGAGUCGUCGUUCUUCUAAUUCUUGGGAGGAUAAUAUUAAAGAAACAGAUAACAAAGUAACGAAUGAAAUGAAAAAUCGUACAAUGACACUCGAUCCACGAUUAUUACGAGGAAAAAGAAAUUUAGGAUCUCGGGAUUAUGUGUCUCUGGGAAGUUUCGGAAGUGUAGGGAGACGCAAAUUUUCCAAUUUCUAUGAGGACAAUGAAAUUUCUGGAUCUCCUUCAGAUUCGGAUUUUAAAAUUCCUUCGUCCGAAGAUGAACAGCAAAAUGAACCAAUUCAAAAACUGAAACAAUUUCACAAUAAUCGAGCGCCAUUUGAAAUAAUAAACGAAUCCGAAGAUGGAAAUUCAAAUGAAGACGAAAAUCAGAAGGAAAUCAUCGAUAACAAACCAAAGUAUCCAAAAAGAUCAGCAAGUAAAAAUUCCCUUUGGCUUGAAUAUGGUUGCGCAUAAUUUUUAUUUCUAUAAAAAAAAAUCAGAGAAAAUUGUUUCUAUCCCCCCCUCCGAAUGGCAAUAUAUUUUUUAUUAUAUUUUUCUUUUCAAUUUUAUUUUGAAUUAUAUUUAUAUCAGUAUUAUAUUUUUAUUU